CCGAGCCGGUGCUGCGGCAGAGAGAGCUGGUUGACGCUCUCAAGACGAGAACCGGGAACACCGUUUUGUACUGGAGAGAGAGAGAGGGAGAGAGAGCGCACCCUGGGGUUAGGAAGAGUGAAAGUGAGAGAAUGUGUGAUCCGUGGAUAAGUGACUUGUGUGAACGUUGAGAGAUUGAACUCGUGCUAUCAGGCUUUUUGUUGCACAAUUUCAUCUACUGCGCGAUGGCUAGCGCUCAGCGGCACGAGCAUGGUCUGCCGAGACGGAGCACUGGAACGCAGGCAAGAUGACACGGUUUAUUUUUUUCACCGUCUCUUCUCGCUCGCUUCAUCUAAUCCCUUACGGCUACUCCACCCAUUCCUUCAGCAAACAGUAGUGAAUUAAUUGAAGCUGUCUACACUAAGAGGAUCAAAAGCGUAAACGGUGUUAGACGGGAGAGGGGUGCUUUUUAUUUUGGGGAGAUGGGCUGUCUCAACCUACAUUGGAAUACUGAGGACACCGCAGCCCAUCGGACCGGAUAGGACCUGUCAUUCAUCUGUCUAUGGCAUCUGCGCCGUCUGUGCCAGGAUUUUUGCAGAGGAGGGAUGACUCCGGGUUUCCUGGAGGCACAAGCGGGCACAUCUUUCAGUUUUUCUCCGAGAUACAUUUAUUAAGACUUCACAAUGAGGAUGCACAAUGAGUUUCAGAUUGCACACCGAAGGCAGCGGACCGACCCUCGUGCUGCCCUUUGUUUGUUGUUUUUGCUCUACUACUACGGAAUAAGCCCUUAACACGAAGACUAGCAGCAGUUUAGCUUGACAUGCCUGUCGUCCCGUUGCCUUAAACGUUUCUUUAUGCACAAUAGAGAUUUCCACUUGUGAAGUAUUAAGACUCUUGUGUGGAAUAGCAUGCUGAUGCGCUGAGAAGAUGGUGUCUGACUUUUUGUUUCUGAGAUGUUUGGAGCAAAUUUUAACGGAGGCUUGUAAGUAGCGGGCAUGAUGGCUGUCCUGAGGUCUGUGUAAGAGUUAUAUAUUUCUAGAAGGGAGACGCCGACCGAACCACGCCUUCGCUUAAAUGAAGACCGGCCGCAAUUACACAGGAAGGGAUAUAAAAAUGAUGCACGUCAACAACUUCCCGUUCCGAAGGCAUUCUUGGAUAUGCUUCGACGUGGACAAUGGCACAUCAUCAGGACGGAGUCCCCUGGAUCCCAUGACGAGUCCGGGGUCAGGCCUGGUCCUUCAGACCAAUUACGUGCACAGCCAGCGGAGGGAGUCGUUCCUCUACCGCUCCGACAGCGACUAUGACCUGUCGCCAAAGUCCAUGUCCAGAAACUCCUCCAUCACUAGUGACAUGAAUAACCACCUGCAGAGACCUGGUCUGGUCUCUCGGAGAUCUGAGCCGGUUAUUAGUGGAAAUCACGGCGAUGACCUCAUCGUUACGCCGUUUGCACAGGUGCUGGCUAGUUUGCGGACGGUACGGAAUAACUUUGCAACGUUAACCAACGUGCAGCAAGACAGAACGACUAACAAACGGUCCCCCAUGUGUAAUCAGCCACCCCUCGCAAAGACCUCCUUCACAGAGGAGGCAUACCAGAAGAUGGCCACCGAGACCCUGGAGGAGCUGGACUGGUGUCUGGACCAGCUGGAGACCCUACAGACCCGACACUCCGUCAGCGAGAUGGCCUCCAACAAGUUCAAGCGGAUGUUGAACAGAGAGUUAACCCAUCUGUCUGAGAUGAGCAAAUCUGGUAACCAGGUCUCAGAGUUCAUCUCCAACACAUUUUUAGACAAACAGCAUGACGUGGAGAUGCCGACGCCGCAGACGCAGAAGGAGAAAGAGGAUAAGAAGAAGAAGCCCAUGUCGCAGAUCAGCGGCGUGAAGAAACUCACGCACAGCACCAGCCUCACCAACUCCAACAUCCCUCGCUUCGGGGUCAAGACGGACACGGAAGACUCUUUAGCCAAAGAGCUGGAGGAUAUUAACAAAUGGGGCCUUAAUGUUUUUAAAGUCACAGAGUUUUCAGGCAACAGGCCUUUAACGGUGAUGAUGCACACUAUAUUUCAGGAGAGAGACUUACUCAAAACAUUUAAAAUUCCCUUGGACACUUUCAUAACCUACCUGUUGACCUUAGAAGACCAUUAUCACGCAGACGUCGCUUAUCACAAUAACAUCCACGCUGCUGAUGUCACUCAGUCCACACAUGUGCUGCUGUCCACGCCCGCUCUAGAGGCGGUUUUCACAGACCUUGAAAUUCUUGCUGCCAUUUUCGCCAGUGCGAUUCACGACGUCGACCACCCAGGAGUCUCUAACCAGUUCCUCAUUAACACCAACUCUGAGUUGGCUCUCAUGUACAAUGACUCGUCGGUGCUGGAGAACCAUCAUCUCGCCGUGGGUUUCAAACUCCUGCAGGAGGAGAACUGUGACAUCUUCCAGAACUUGACCAAAAAACAGAGACAAUCGCUGCGCAAGAUGGUCAUAGACAUCGUUUUAGCCACUGAUAUGUCUAAACACAUGAACCUGCUGGCCGACCUGAAGACAAUGGUGGAGACGAAGAAGGUCACGAGUUCUGGCGUGUUACUAUUGGAUAAUUAUUCAGACAGAAUACAAGUUCUACAGAACAUGGUACACUGUGCGGAUCUCAGUAACCCCACCAAACCCCUUCAGCUGUACAAACAGUGGACGGAUCGGAUCAUGGAGGAGUUCUUCAGUCAGGGCGAUCGAGAGCGAGAGAGAGGGAUGGAGAUCAGUCCCAUGUGUGAUAAACACAACGCAUCAGUCGAGAAAUCCCAGGUGGGUUUCAUCGACUACAUCGUGCAUCCACUUUGGGAGACGUGGGCCGACCUCGUCCACCCGGACGCCCAGGACAUCCUGGACACAUUAGAGGAAAACCGAGAGUGGUACCAGAGCACCUUACCCCAGAGCCCCUCGCCCGCCCCGGAUCAGCCCGAGGACGGCAACCGCUCUGGCGCCGCCGAAAAGUUCCAGUUCGAACUGACACUGGAGGAGGACGGAGAAUCAGACACGGAGAAAGACAGCGGCAGCCAGGCCGAAGAGGAAGAGGAGGAUGACGAAGAGGACGACGACAACAGCUGCAGCGAUUCUAAAACUCUCAUCACGCAGAACUCUGAAUCCACUGAGAUCCCAGAGGCCGAGGAGGGAAUUUCAGAGGAAGUUUCCACGGAGCCCAGCAUGGUAGAAGAGGACGAGGACGAAGACGAGGAGGAUGAUGAGGAGGAGGAGGAACAGCCGGCAGACACGUAGCAGAGCGUCCGGACGGCAAAAAACGUGAAUAUUUUAUAAUUGACAAUGAAAUCGAGUUCCAAAGCGCACGUUGCACUCCGUGACCUCGGCCACUCCUCUCUCGCUCUCCGUUUCUCUUUCUGUCUCCCUACGAGCUGCCUGGGGACGAGAGGACACUAGGACAUCGGUAGGUUGUCGUUUUAUUUGCACUCAGGAAUAAUAUUUACUCCUUGGUUUCUUUUGUUUACCUUCUCCGCCCGGACACCUUUUCUCUGUGAUGUAUCGUGAGCAGAUUUCUCACGUGACCGUACGCGGCCGCUGCACAAAGUAAUCUGAGGAGAUUCUGCCCGCAGAGACGGCGACGACGGCCGGGAUAAACAGAGCAGCACGUUUCCUUGGAUUUCAAAGAAACCUUUUUUCUACGUUUAAAGUCUUCCUCAACUUUGACUGAAAACAUGUAUAAAAAGACAAAACGCAAGCAGCUCGCAGCUGUCAUGGCCUCUUCAAUGAUUUUAUACGGUAGACAUCGAGAUUUUUACAUGUUGACUUUUAAUAACGGAACAACAGCUGUUGUGCUUCAAAAGACUUUUUGCGAAGGGUAACUUGCAAGUAGGCAGCGUUGCGGUCGUCCUGCGUUGGGUCGUGCCACCACGCAUCACUGCUGUCUCACAAACCAUCAACGUUCAUGUUCUUUACCAACUGGAUUUAAAUGACCUUCAUCUUUUUUGUUUUAAAUCAUAUAGCACGCACCUCUAAAGGCACAUUUUGUUCCCCUGCAAAUGUUUGAUGUGAAAAUACAUUUUUACGUCUUUUGUUUCAGAUCAAUGAUUUUGGCAACACUUUAACACUUCUAAGUCUGUGUUCUAUAAUAAAUUAGGAAGAUUAUUAUAAUUCUGCCGUAAUGUCUUAUAAAUCCAGAAAUAAUAAUUUAGUUAUAAUAGAUAUAAAACUUACCUAUUCAUAGAUAAACCUUAACUUUAAUUUCAUUAAAACGUAUAAACAACCAAGUUGAUGUAUGUCAUAUAUUAUAAUGCAUUAUGCUCUGUUAAAUAAUAUAAUGCAUUCUUAAGGUAGUAUGAUUGAUUAUAACUGUUAACAGGUAUUUAUGAAACAAUAUAAGGCAUUACAUCAUGUAUUAAAUAUACGGACUUCAAGUGAGAUGUUGCAAUAAUGACCACCAAACAAAGACUUGUUUUCUGAAAACACAGAUUAAAUUUUACCGUCAGGUCAACCCGUAUUUUUAUCGUCUAUAAUAACGCCAUCUGUUCACACAACAUACUGUUGGAGAUUUUAGAGCAUGUGAGACUUGAGCUCAUUGUCCUUCUGAUUUUGUUUUAUUUUGCCUUUGUUUUCGUCUGCUGCGGAUCUCAUACAUCUAGUCAAAAACCACAAACUCCCAGAAAUCCUGUCAUCGUAGAGUUGUGUGAUGCCUUUUAAUACACAACCGCAUGUACUGUCGGUUUAACAUGAUUUCAUUGCGUUUGGUUUGUUUUGCACUCGUUACAUUAGAUCAGAGAUCUUCUCUUAGGGCUAGAUGCACUUCAGCGUCAAAUUGCAUAUUUUCAUGCCGUUUCAUGCCAAUACUUCCCUCCCGGACGCCCAGCGCUCAGUGGCUUUUAAUACCAAUUUAUUUAUGCUUUUAUUUAUUGUUAAUGUUUGGCUCGUGUUGAAAGCAGUACUGUAGACCAUCAACUGUAGCAUUGACAGCGUGGACUUGCAAGUUACUAGAUCUACGGUCUUUCAUCGUGUACAUAGAACAAACCUUUUCAAAGUCUGUAGGAAGCGUAAGUACUCACAGAAACUUGAACUCUGGCUUUUCAGUAGGACUGAUUUUGUUAUGUAUAUUUUUAUUUAAGUUUUGUGCCAUGAUUUUUUCUUUCCUCACCAGAUGACCUUACCUAGAUAUGUAUUUUAUUUGGUUGUCAUUUCUUUCGUUGUUUACAACAAUGUAUUUAUUUGGCUGUACAUAUUGUAAUAUUGGUUGUAUGAUGACAGAUUCUGAACUUCAUCCCGGGUGGAGUUGCUGUAUUUCGUAAACUCUUGUUGAGAGAAUGUUUAUAAUUAUAAAUAUUAUCCAUUGUACAAAAAAUAAUAUUCUGUAUAAAAAUGAAAAUCGUACAAAAAAGUCACUUUCAAGCUUGUUUAUGGAGAACUGGGGGAAAGCCAAACAAUAUGAGAAAGUCGCAUUGGUAUUUGGCCUCAGGGCUGUGCCUUAAACUUUCUAAGUGUUUUAUUUGUCUGUCUGUCUGUCCAAGUUUCGUCUCUUCCAUGUCCAAAAGUGUCUGGCCCAUUUACCGUCAGGGUAUCAGGGCUUUAGGAUGUUUCACUUUCAUUGUUUUGGUCUGUGGCACAUAGGCCACGAGCAAUAGAUCCUCGAUUCUGUGUAUUACAGGUGCUUGUCGGCUUGUAAUGUACGUCUGCUGUUCCUCAUCUUUGUUCAGGUUUUAACCUUCAUCUCAUCCAGCCUUGUAGACGUUAAAUAAUCCGAUUUUCUGACACAUACUGUAGAUUUUAGCAGCCCUGGACCAAAGCCAAUCGUGGCUAUUAUUAUUAUUGGUAUUUUACAAUGUCAAUAAAGGGAUUCAUGAACUGAUAUUUUACCCUUUGAUUCAUAAAUUCUGCUGAUUAAAAACUGAAAUUGAUUUAUUU